UUCCUCUUUUUCAAGGUCUAAUUUAUAAAAAUCUCUGUAACUUGGCAGGGGAAAAGGCUCCUCACUCCUCACCCGUCUGCCUCCACAGUCUCCGUCGACGCCGCAUCAAAUCGAGGGGCGAGAAGAGUUCGUUUCCAGAGGAUAGUAAUAGGCGGUUUUUAAGAUGGUAUCCACAGCAAUUACAACAGUGUCUGGUGGAUUAGUUGGUAUUCAGGCUAGCUCAAGAUCUAAAAGUCUUGGCUUGAAUUUGAGUAGCUCGAAGUCUUUCUGCACUUUCAGAGGUCUGAAGGCUGCAUCCAAUGUUCAAAUUGAUUCAGCCUUUUUGGGCAAGGCUAGCAAUGCAUCUCUCCGGGCAUCUCUUGUUCCCAAACUUGAAGAAAAGCAGGUUUUAUCGAAUCAAAAUCAGCCCCGAGCAUCGUACAAGGUGGCGAUCCUCGGGGCUGCUGGUGGCAUUGGCCAACCUCUGGGACUUCUGAUUAAGAUGUCUCCUCUAGUCUCAGCACUGCAUCUCUAUGAUAUUACAAAUGUUAAAGUAGUUGCUGCUGAUCUCAGCCACUGCAACACUCCUACUCAAGUUUUAGAUUUCACUGGACCAUCAGAAUUGGCCAAUUGUCUGAAAGGUGCAGAUGUGGUGGUGAUCCCUGCCGGCAUUCCAAGGAAGCCAGGCGUGACCUUUGAUGACUUAUUCGAUAUCAAUGCUGGGAUUGUGAAGACACUGGUGGAGGCUGUUGCAGACAAUUGCCCUGAUGCCUUCAUUCUCAUUAUCAGCAACCCGCUGAACUCUACUGUUCCAAUAGCUGCCGAGGUGCUUAAGCAGCAGGGUGUCUACAAUCCCAAGAAGCUUUUCGGUGUGACUACCCUUGAUGUUGUUAGGGCCAACACUUUUGUUGCUCAAAAGAAGCAACUAAAGCUCAUCGAUGUGGAUGUGCCGGUCAUCGGAGGCCAUGCGGGCAUUACCAUCUUGCCAUUGCUAUCAAAGACAAGGCCAGUGGUGCCGUUCAGAGAUGAAGAAGUCGAAGAGCUGACUGUUAGAAUACAGAAUGCUGGGACAGAGGUCGUUGAGGCAAAGGCUGGCGCUGGAUCUGCAACCUUGUCGAUGGCCUAUGCCGCUGCACGAUUUGUUGAAUCUUCUCUCCGUGCGCUUGACGGCGAUGGGGAUGUCUACGAGUGCACUUUCGUUCAGUCUGAACUAACUGAGCUGCCGUUCUUUGCUUCAAGAGUUAAGCUCGGUCGGAAAGGUGUAGAAGCCUUUAUAUCCUCUGAUCUGGAGGGUCUGACCAAUUAUGAGUUGAAGGCACUGGAAGCCCUGAAGCCUGAGCUGAAAGCUAGCAUCGAGAAGGGAGUGGCAUUUGUUCACAAGACAACAGCCACUGCUGCACCUGCCUGAGGCAAUUUUAGUCCUGCAGAAACAGAAUGAAAGGGAUGCUCAAGUUCAGCUCCAACCAAUGUAGAAUAGAACAUUUUGUUGAAGUAUUUUUGUCUUGAUGUAACAGACUAUUAAUGUGUUUAUUUUAUUUAUUUUUGAUAAUUUAGAUGUUCGAAUGAAUCACGGAGGUAGAUGGUCUUCGUCUUGAUUCGCCUAAUGUGUGUGUGUGUUUUUUUGUUAAUUUUAGUGAUCUUGUCCGAAAACGGAGAAGAUGAUGUAUUGGGUAAA